AGCCCUAUUGGGGAAUGCAUGGCCUCAGGCUAACAAAACACAAGCUUGAGAGGAAAGCGAACGCACCACAACGAGACAAAAACACAUUUUGACGGGUGCACUGGGAAAUAUUUCAAUUCGGGAUGAUAUGAGGCCCGCCCGACCGUGAACAUGUACGAGGUGAUGUCCGGCGACACCCUGUCCUGGAAGGCGCCCAGCCCGAGACAGAGCUCCAGCGAGCGGGGAGCCGACUCGCGCUCUUCUUCGGCCGGCGACGGCGGACCUAUCAAGAUCCUCAAGGUGUGCUUCUGCACCAACAAUAAUCUGGGCAAGAACUUUAAGUUGGUCAAGUGUGACAGCUCCUGGCAAAUCAGGGCGAUUAUCCGCUCCAUCCUAAUCAGCGGUCGCCUGGGUCCCAACGUCGAGCACUCGGGAUGCUUCGGCCUCCUUCUCAAGCACCUCAAAUCCGACGAGCUCCAUUGGCUGCACCCCGAGCUGACCGUCGGGGAGGUGGAACAGCGCUACGAGAGCCACCACGUGGAGGCCGAGUGGAGGUACGACCUGCGCAUCCGAUACAUCCCCGUCAAUUUCCUGGAGAAGUUCAAGGACGACCGAUCCACGUUAGUGUAUUUUUACCAACAGGUACGCAGUGAUUAUAUGCAGUAUCAUGCUAGCAAAGUUAGCGAAGGCAUGGCGUUACAGCUCGGUUGUUUGGAGCUCAGGAGGUUCUAUAAGGACAUGAACGCAAAAGGACUUGAGAAAAAGUCCAACUUUGAGCUACUCGAAAAAGAAGUCGGCUUGCAUCUUUUCUUCCCUCCAGAACUGAUUAACAGCAUGAAGUCCAAACAGCUGCGUAAGCUGAUCCAGCAAACGUUCCAGCAGUUCGCCACGCUCAAGGAGGACGACUGCAUGGUGAAAUUUUUCGAGACGCUCAAGGAAUUCGCCAGUUACGACGAGGAGGUUUUCCCCUGCGAGCUGGUGCAAGGUUGGAGUUUGGCCGUGGAGCUGGUUAUCGGCGGAAGAGGAAUCAGGCAGCGCACACAGAAAAAUGCAGCGCCGGUCUUUCUAGCAGACUUCAAGCAAAUCAAAAAAGUGCAAUGUUUGCCUCUGGGUGACGGCAAGGCUCUCAUAAAUCUGGACGUAGAAGGUGCCAGACAACGUCUGUCCAUUAACGUGGCCUCAGUGACGACGGCUGAGAACAUGAUGGAUCUUAUCGAUGGUUAUUGGCGCUUGGAGAACAACUCUGAUGAGUCUAUUAUCGACAGACAAAAUCAUGAUUCCAGCACACGAAGUUCCCUCCCCGAGAUUCCGACAGGAAGAGACACCAGCUCUCUCCGACACAGUAUGGGUUCUGAUAUCUAUUGUGAGAUUCUGGACGAAAGGCCCAGAUCAGUCGUCAAGUACGGCAUCGACCGCGGCGACAUCACGCUUGGGCGAAUCCUCGGCGAAGGCUUCUUCGGCGAAGUCUACGACGGCGUUUACGCCUCAACGAACGGUGAGCAGGUGAAAGUGGCCGUCAAGACGUGCAAGGACUGCUCGUCUGAUGUCAUGGAAAAGUUCAUGAGCGAAGCGGUAAUCAUGAAGAACCUGGAGCACCCUCACAUCGUCAAGCUCAUCGGAAUCAUCGAGGAAAACCCUGUUUGGAUCGUCAUGGAGCUUUACGAGUACGGAGAGCUCGGCAACUACCUGACUCAGAACCAGAACAAGUUGACCAACAUGACUUUGGUGCUGUUCAGUCUGCAAAUCUGCAAAGCGCUCGUCUACUUGGAAGGCGUCAACAUGGUCCACAGAGAUAUCGCUGUCCGGAACGUGUUGGUGGCCAGUCCCGAGUGCGUCAAGCUGGGAGAUUUCGGACUUUCCAGGUACAUUGAGGAUGAAGAGUACUACAAAGCAUCUGUGACUCGAUUGCCCAUCAAAUGGAUGGCGCCGGAAUCCAUCAACUUCCGACGUUUCACCUCAGCUAGCGACGUCUGGAUGUUCGCCGUUUGCGUAUGGGAGAUCAUGAGCCGAGGCCAGCAGCCGUUCUUCUGGCUGGAGAACCGUGAUGUGAUCAACCAGCUGGAGCAAGGCAUCAGGCUGCCCAAGCCCGAUAACUGCCCGCCGGCACUCUACUCCCUCAUGACGCGAUGCUGGUCCUACGAUCCCAGAGAGAGGCCCAAUUUCACCGAGCUGGUGGUCAAGAUCAAUGACGUUCACAAAAUGGAGAAGGAACAAGAAGCAGAACGCGAGCGGGACCGAGCGCGCUCCACCAAAUACUUCGACACAAAGUUCAGCUUUUCCGAACCGCCCCCUAAGCCUUCAAGAAAGAAACCGGGCCGAUUUGGAAACACGCUAAGCAUCGGUUUGCACAUUCAGUUGAACGAAGCUUUGUGCGCUAGCUCGCCGGACUUAGCUAGCCCGUGCGACUACCAAUCGCCCGUGGAUUCCGUAAACUCCAUGAAAACUCUACCGCUCCCCCUUAGGUCCCCACGGCGUCGCAGCAUGGGGGAGAACGAGUUCCCCAGAUCGGAGCCCAACAGCCGCGAGGACGCCCAGCGUCUAUGGCAGAUGGAGCGGCAGAAAAUGCACGACACGUUACGGCGCCAGAAGGCGCAGAUGGCGGCUGACGAAAAGUGGCUGGAGAAGGAGGAGCGACUCCUGGUGGGCAAAAAGCCGCCAGGCCCUGGCCCAACUAGUCUUAAAAUCGAUGUGCCCCUGUUAAGUGUGCCAAAGAGAGGCUCCAUGGUCGUUUGCUAUAAAAUGAACCUGCCUGUUCUUUUGCAGGACCCCAUGGGACCGGAAGAUCCCCCAAUAGAAAAGUCCAAUGAUGAAGAUGCUGAAAAUGGCCCACCAGUGAAGCCUCCUCGACUCACAGCACAGCCGGCGCGCACGGCCGAGCUCGACCGUUCCGACGACCAAGUUUACAAGUGCGUGAUGAACGUGGUCAAAGUGGUAGUGAAGCUCAAGAAUGACAUCGUUGACAUUCCGCCUGAGCAGUACGUCACCGUCGUGCAGUCGGUGGGAAUGGCCUUGCGAGAUUUAAUACGCAGCGUGGACGACAUACUACCCACAUUGCACGAGUCUGUGCACACUGAGAUCGAAGGCACGCAGAAGCUGCUGAACAACGACAUGGCGGAGCUAAUCAGCAAGAUGCGUCUGGCGCAGCAGAACGCCAUCACGUCAUUGCGGGACGAAUGCCGCAAGCAGAUGCUGGCGGCCGCCCACAGCCUGGCCGUAGACAGCAAGAACAUGCUGGACGCCGUCGACCAGGCCCGCGUACGCGCCAACCUGGCCAAGCCCGUCCAGCCCUGAACAAAACAGGCAUCUCCUCAACAAAGACAUUUUUGUUUUUAAUGAUGACCUCGAUUGUAUAUGGAUUGUAGAACACACGUGAUUAGAGUUGGCCGGAUAAUAAAGUCAUCCAGGAAAAAAAAGGCUGUUUAUGAAUGAUAGACAAUCACGUUUAGAUCAUGCCGGCCAGCCAAGGAGGCAGGAAGAGACCGAUAGUGCCCAGCAGGCACACGAUGAUGAACAUCCACAGGAAGAUGCGGUCGAUCACCAUGGCGACAUACUUCCAGUCUUCUUUUACCUGGAAACAUGCAAACUUGCAGUCAAAAUGUGUUUACAAAAAAAAAAAAUCAUUUUGUUGUAUGUUUUUCAGGAACAUAAAGUAGUAGUACAUUUAAAAAUUUAUAUAUUUAAGAAUAUACAGUGCCUAUCACAACCAUUCGUCCGCUUGAAUGUUUGGUUUCCGACAAACAUAACAUAACUAGGGGUGCACGAUAUCCAUUUUUUGAAACCGAUAUCGAUAACUUCCUGCCCCUUAAGGCCGAUACCGAUACGAUGACCGAUAAUAUAGAUAUAAUUUUUCAAUGUAUAUUCACCUAAGUUUUUGAACACCUGUAGGUCAAAAAUACUAGUGGUUGAUUCAGCAUAGAUUUGCCUUUGACCGAACCAGAAUUUUCAUGAUGACAUGAACAUUAUUAUAAUGAACAAAACAAAGACGAACAAAACUUUGCAUACUGGAA